UUCCCUCUUUGUGCAUCUCCAACAUGGAUGCUUUUCAGGGCAUUUUAAAAUUCUUCCUUAAUCAGAAAACUGUUAUUGGCUACAGCUUCAUGGCUCUGCUGACCGUGGGAAGUGAGCGUCUCUUUUCUGUUGUGGCUUUUAAGUGCCCCUGCAGCACUGAGAAUAUGACCUAUGGGCUGGUUUUCCUCUUUGCUCCUGCCUGGGUGUUACUGAUCCUGGGAUUCUUUCUGAACAAUAGGUCGUGGAGACUCUUCACAGGCUGCUGUGUGAAUCCCAGGAAAAUCUUUCCCAGAGGCCACAGCUGCCGUUUCUUCUACGUCCUCGGCCAGAUCACUCUGAGCUCAUUGGUGGCUCCAGUGAUGUGGCUUUCUGUGGCUCUGCUCAAUGGAACUUUCUAUGAAUGUGCCAUGAGUGGGACGAGAAGCUCAGGACUCCUGGAACUGAUUUGCAAGGGUAAGCCCAAAGAGUGCUGGGAAGAACUUCACAAAGUAUCUUGUGGCAAAACUAGCAUGCUACCUACUGUCAAUGAAGAACUGAAACUGUCCCUUCAGGCCCAGUCUCAGAUUCUAGGAUGGUGCCUUAUUUGUUCAGCAUCUUUCUUCUCUCUGCUCACCACAUGUUAUGCUCGCUGCCGAUCUAAAGUUAGCUACCUUCAGCUGAGUUUUUGGAAGACAUAUGCACAAAAGGAGAAGGAGCAGUUGGAAAAUACAUUUCUGGACUAUGCCAACAAGCUGAGCGAGAGGAACCUGAAAUGUUUUUUUGAAAACAAGAGGCCAGAUCCUUUUCCCAUGCCUACGUUUGCUGCCUGGGAGGCUGCUUCAGAGCUGCAUUCUUUCCACCAAAGCCAGCAACACUAUAGCACCCUCCACAGAGUGGUGGACAAUGGUCUGGAACUUAGCCCUGAGGAUGAUGAGACGACAAUGGUCCUUGUGGGUACUGCCCACAAUAUGUAGCUCAUCCACCAUCACUGACUCAUGGUGUUGAGUGGUAUGCUCAUUCUGGGAUCCUCCUAACGUAUCACCAGCAACCUGUGUAUCUCUGUAUUUUCUUGCAUUUGGAGUAUCUUUACAAGACAAUAACACAAAGGAAACUGCUUUGAAGCUCUCAAGUGGAGCAUCAGGGUGUGCUCAAAUUGAUGCUGAGGGGUGACAAAGGUGCUCUUGCAUUGGUGGAGAGGGGCUCAGUAGGCCCAAAUGUUGCUCCAAGAUCUAAGAUUUUAUCAUUCAACAGACAGACUCAUGUGAGAGGGCUCAUCAUUCUCUGUAAAUAUUGGUUGCAGAAUUUAGGGGCAGAAGCAAUGGCUUGUGAGUGAGCAAGUUACUCUUAACAUAGGUUGCCCUACACAGUGACUCCUGCAGUGUGAUCAGCAGGAGUCUCUGUCCUACAAAUCUAUCCUUUUAAGGAUGUAUGAAAUUCUGGAAUUCAUUCCCUCAGAAUCUGAAGACCUCAGUUCUCAAAAAUGACAAGUUGCAAGAAUAUGAUACCUAAAAUUGAAAGUUUUUCACAUGUUUUCACUGUAUACUGAAAAUACGCCCCUGGAAGCAGGGCUGCAUCUUAAUUUUUGUGGGUUUUAUGUACUUUUGCCUUUGCAAACCAUUUCCUACAUUCAAAAUAGUAGUAACAAAUAUAUAUAUAUAUACAGAAAUAUAUGUUUAUAACUGCAUUGAUAAAAGGUGAAUAUAUUAGCAUUUUCUUCAACCUAAAAGUUUAUGUAUUUUCUUCUGAUUUUAAAAGAAAUUAAAAAUAUUUUAGUGGGCCCUUACAAGUAUUGUGGUCCUUAGGCACAGUGCUUACUAGGCCGUGGGUACGUCUUAGUGCGUUUGGGCUACUAUAACAAAAUAUCAUAGAUAGGUGGCUUAUACAAAAUAGAAAUUUAUUUUUCACAGUUCUGGAGGCUGGGAAGUCCGAGGUCAGGGUGCCAGCAUGGUCAGGUUCUGGUGAGAGCAAUUUUCCAGGUUGCAAACUGCUUGCUGACUUCUCAGUGUCCUUCCAUGGUGGAAAGUGCAAAUAAGCUCUCUUGAGCAUUUUUAUAAGGCACUAAUCCCAUUCCUGGAGGCUCCACCUUCAUGACCCAAUUACUUCUCAAAGGCUCUGCUUCUUAGUACUAUCAGCUUGGGGGGUUAAGAUUUCAACAUAUGAAAUUGGGGGAGACACAAACAUUCAGACUAUAGUAGGGUAAAUUGACCUUGACUAAAGGUCUGGGGACACUGUCCAAAGCAGUACUGGCAUAAAACUGUAUUGCAGUCUUACAUUUAUCAGAAAUAAUGCAAAUCUUGCAUUCUACAAUGUACUAUAUCCACAUUAGUAUGUACAUAUAUAUUUGUAUGUGUAUAUGUACAUAAAUUCUCCUUAAAUCUCUGAGAAGAAUUGUGCUUUAAAAAAGAACCAUGUUUUGUGCUGUGGCUCAUACCUUACAGUGGUAGUCCAUGUCUCCUAGUUUGAGGAAGCUGAAUAUUAACUUCUUAUUAACAUGAAACAUGAUGGCAAACUGAAUCCUAUAAGUAUAAGACCCAGAACAUAUCUAUGUUAUUGUCGUUUACAAGAAGAAAUAUGUAUUUGGUCUUUCUUCCUAUUCCUGGUGCAGAGCUCCUAAAACCUUUGGGACCUCCAAAGUGAUGUGUCUGUUAGUAUGCGAAUGAGAUGACUGAUAGUUAGGGGCUUCUGAAUGGUCUCAGAAUGGGGUCUGGUUGCCAGGAGAACCAACCAUGUGUUUAGAGGGUUGGAACUUUCAGCCCCACUCCCAGACCUUGGGGAAGGAAGAGGGGCUGAAGGUUGAGUUGAUCACAAAUGGAUAAUGAUUUAAUCAAUCAUGCCUAAAAAUAAAGCUUCCCAUAAAAAUCCAAAGGACAAGGUUCAGAGAGCUUCCGCGUUGCUCAAUACAUGAGGGGUGGUGUGCCCAAAGGGGCCGUGGAAGCUCCGUGCCCCUUCCCCCAAACCUGUUCCUGUGCAUCUCUUCUAUCUCACUGUUUCUGAGUUAUAUUAUUUUAUAAUAGACUGACGAUAGUAAAUAAAGCCCUGUCCUGGGUUCUGUGAGCUGCUCUAGCAAAUGAUGAAAUCUGAGAAGGAAAUCAUGGGAACUUCUGCUUUGUAGCCAUGUCAGUUGGAAGAUGUGAGUAACUUUGGAACCUACCGCUUGUGACUGGUGUCUGAAGUUGGGGGAGGUCUUAUGGGACUGAGCCCUUAACCUGCUGGGGAUCUGCACUUAAUGCCGAUUAAUGCCAGAAUUGAAUUGUAUGAUAUCCAGUUGGUAUUAGAGAAUUGGCCAGUGUGGGCGAAAACCCGCACAAUUGGUGGCAAGGAGUGUUCAGUGUUGAGUGUGAAUGUCAAUAAAAAAGGUUUGUUUUUUCUACAUACAAUAUCUUUGGGAACUUGGAGGUACAGGGUCAGACGUCUGUGUGUGUAUGUGGCAGGGACAGAACAGGGAUUAGGGAUGCGAGGGGGUAGAGUUUUCAGAAUAAAGGGAGAGAAAA